AUGUCCCAAAAACAUCCUCUCUACAGAGAGGGGGCCGAAAAGCGCCAGAAUUGUCAUUCUCAUUGCAUCAGCUCCUUCACCGGCGGCUACGGCAAGCUGCGCUGCUCCUUCUCACCACAUCCAACACCUCCCAACAAACCCUCUUUCCCGUCCCUUCGGUCCUUUUCCCCACUCCUUUCCGCCCUCCCCGCCUCUCCUCUCCCCGGCCCCCCGUCUCUCCCUGUCCCCGCAACAGGACGUGAAGACGUGAAGUACGGCGGCGUGGGCAGCACGGACAGCGCCGUGAAUCCCGCGUUCUACAACUGGAACCUGGUGCUCGUCAAGUACUGCGACGGCAGCUCCUUCACCGGCGGCUACGGCAAGCUUCCGCCAAACGCGGAGACGGGGCGCGCGCUCUACUUCCGCGGGCACUGGAACCUGCAGGGCACGCUGCAAGAUCUGCUAGCUCGGCACGGGCUGAAUGUGGGCAAGCAGAUGCUGGUGGGCGGCUGCAGUGCAGGCGGCGUCGCAACGUCAAUCAAAUGCGAUCAAAUCUCGAGGUGGCUGGCCAAUUAUAACGUCACCACCAAGUGCUUCAUGGAUGGAGGCUACUUCCCAGAUGUGGCGGAUAAGGACGGGCAGUACAGCAUGAGGCAGAAGGUGCAGCAGAUGGCAGGCGUGCAUGACAUGGGGCGUAUUGGGGUCAACGCCGAGUGCAAGCGAGCCAUGAAGAAGACCAACGACACAUGGAAGUGUUUCUUCCCGGAGUACAACCUGCAAUUCUCACGCUCUCCAAUGCUCAUUGAGGACUUGAUCAAACACCCUCCGGACUACUUUGUGGCUGUUCCACUUGUCUUUGAGGUUCUAUACAGUGGAGUCCAGAAGAAGCUUGCUGCAGCAUCAACCGCCAGGGCAGCAGUUGCCAAGUUCUUGAUAAAAGUCAGCUCCCUUCACAAGGAAGCUCUGCGCAUCUGGACAGGAAUGGCUGUGCUCCGCUCACGUGAAAACGUUCAGGGGCUCAUGUUUAUGAAGGCUGUGGCAGAAUGUUUGGGAGCUGGACUUUUAGCGCUGGUGCUGCUGCCUCUUCACCUGCUGGCGGAGAAGCUUGUGUACACCAAGGUCAAAGCUGCUAUCGGCAUAAAAAAGGCAGCUGUGAGUGGUGGAGGCAGCUUGCCGUCGCACGUGGACAAAUUCUUUGAGGCAUUGGGAAGCAUUGGGAGUCCCGUUCCUGGAACAGAGAUAAAGAUUGUAGACCUGGAGACGGGAGCUGGUCUCCCUGCAGGCCAACGCGGGUUGGUCAAGGCACGUGAAAAUGUGGAGCCUGCUUUUGUCGAGGAGGCUGCACUUAGCAGCCCUGUCAUCCGCCAGAUUAUGCUCGUCGGCCAGGACGAGAGAAAGCUUGGAGCGCUGAUUGUUGUGAAUGAGGAGGAGAUGGAGGUUGCAGUGGCAAGCAUGAGAGCGGAGAAGGGGAUGGAGGGAGGCGAGGUGGAUAAUGGCCUCCUCACAGCAACAAUGAAGAUGCGGCGUGAUGUGAUUUACAGCAGCCACAAGGAGCUUUGUGAUCAGCUUUUCCAGCACCAAGUCACCUAG